CAUAAUCUCUUCAUUCACAUCUACAGACACGACUCACAAAUUAUUUCAUUCUCUCGCUUUCAAUUCAAAAUCAAAUCAAAAUGAGUUCUACGGCAACUAAUACACCAAAGGGAGGCCGAGGCAAGUCCAAGGCCAAAGCAGUGUCAAGAUCAUCGAAGGCGGGUCUCCAGUUCCCAGUUGGUCGGGUCGCUCGGUUUCUCAAGAAAGGAAGAUAUGCUCAGAGAGUCGGGUCUGGAUCCCCUGUGUACCUCUCUGCUGUUCUUGAGUACCUUGCUGCUGAGGUAUUGGAGCUUGCUGGGAAUGCAGCAAGAGAUAACAAGAAGAAUAGAAUAAUACCAAGACAUAUUCAGCUUGCAGUUAGAAAUGAUGAGGAAUUGAGUAAGCUGUUAGGUGCCGUGACUAUUGCUAGUGGUGGAGUUUUGCCUAAUAUUCAUCAGAAUUUGUUGCCUAAGAAGUCUGCGAAAGGCGGCAAGGGUGAAAUUGGGUCUGUUUCUCAGGAGUUUUAGGCUUUCCAAAUGUACGUUAUUUUUUAUCUUUAUCAUUCGGGAUAUAGAUGGGGCUGUUGAUAACAUGUAGUGAAGUUACCUUUUGACUUGUAAAUCUCAUUUUGGACACUAUGGAAUGACAAUUUAUAUUUUGUGUC